CCUUCUUCCUUGUUUACUUUCGGCUGCCAAACAAACUCCAACGGAAGCGCAUCACCAGCCCCGAGCGCGUCCCCGAGAAGCCGGUUUGAUCAGCAAAUCUCGUGUCUAUUAUAUGUUCUCCCCGCAUUUCAACCAGAGUCGCCUUGGUCUUCCCAUACUCUCUGCAUCUCUGUCUCCCACCACCACCACCUCCAACGCUAAUACCGAUACACCGAUAUCUAUGGAGGGACAAUACACGCUGUUGCUGGUCCUUUUGGUCAUCUUCGCGACUACUACCGUCAUUCUCAUCGCGUAUCUGGCUUACAAGGCCUAUGCGAAGUUGAAGAAGGUGGUUGACGAGGAAGCUCGACAUGGUAUGCCCAAAGCUUCUUCUACGGUGCCGCGGACUGCAAGGAAGGAACGGAGCUCUCGGUCGUCGUGGUCGACUUGGUUCCAGUGGAACCGGUCCUAUGACAGCCUGGAGGAGCACUUUGAGAAACCCCCCGCCGCAUCCUACACCUCGCCACACGAGCUUAUUCCCUCGGCUCCACUAGCAUCUUCCCCAAUCCACGACGUCCCCUCCCGCUUGCACCGCUGGAUUCUCCCCUCCCCUCUGCCCCGGACACCCAACAAGCGGCCCGGCUACCGUAGCUCCCCGGCUCGGCGUCUCCUGGGCCCGAACGCGAGCGACGACUCGUUCAGCGAGAUCAACCUGCACCCUAACGGCACACCCGUCGCCUACCUAUCUAUGCCGCCUGCUCUCCGCGCCCGGAGCCCCAGCCCCGCGUUCAUGUCGCCCACGUCCCCGACGUCGCCCGAGCGCAUGGCGCAGAUGCAGAGGGACCCGAAGCUGUCGCCUGUCCAGGGGCCCGUGAGGCCGAUGGUCUACUUCAAGUCGCUCUGAUGAUGAUGUGAUGUUGCAAUGCUGGAUAAUGACGGACUAUGCCGUUGUUCCUCUUUGGAUGUACUUUUUUUACCACUAAUGCUCGCUGUCUUUGCACCGUC